AUAAGGUGUGGGGGUCGUCUUGCCCCCGUGGCAUCUUACCCAAUGUUAAAACGGCUUGCCAUAGAAGUCUGUAUGAAAUCCUCAUGCUCCAGAUGGGAGAAGGGCGGAAACAUUCCGAAAACCCCAUAAAGGACCCUUUUCAGGGAUUUUGGCCGCAAUAAUCGCGAUUGUGUGUAUAAGGAGCAGCCGAAGAAAAUGACGAGCGAACCCGAGGCAGAGGUUUCGGAUGUUGCUCCGGCGACUGCUGCAGCCCAGAGCGCGAGCGAUUCAGGAGACGCGGCGGCAGGAACGUUACUGGAAGUUACUUUCCAGAGGAACCCCCGUCAAAAAUACAAAUACCUGGAGGCAGAACCGAAGAUUUUAGGGGUGACGGAGAUCGCACUCACUGUCUUCUUCAUUGGUUGCAGAAUUCAGUUUUAUACGGGAGGGUCUGUUGGACGGAUUACAAACAACGUCUUGCUAGCGUUUUCCUGUGUUUGUUUGCUGACAUCUAGAGGAAACAACCAGAACUGUCUGCAGGGCAUAAUUGCUGGCAGUGUGGCGAUAGCAGCGCAGAAACUCCACCUACCGACACUCAAGGCAUGUUUGGGAAUGCAAGUAGUCACAUGUGUGGCAUAUACUUUCUGUCUUCUCAUCACACUUAAUCAACAUGAACAACCUGGAUCCUGCUGGUAUUUUCACAAUGAUAGUGAGAUAAUAAAUGAAAACAGCACAUGUCUACUUUUAGAGGAUGGAUUUAGUCAUCUGAGUUUAUUGGAUCAACUCAUGGAGGCUUCUCAGAUUGCUCUGUCCGCCACUCUAGCCGCAUACUGCUGCAAGGUGAUUCCAUGCUGCACACCCAGAUCCAAUGUGCCUGUCAUCAUCAUGACGCCACCCACAGCUCCACAGUGAAAGUGAGAGUGUGUGCAUCUAACAAGAUAUAAUAAUAUAACAAUACUAAUAAAACUGAAUCUUAGGACACAUUAUAGAUACACCAAUACAUCAUAGACAUAAUACCAUUAUUUCUGUACAUAUGUCUUAAGAGCAUGAAAACAUUAACCCAAGUGCAGAAUUAUUUCUGAACACCAAGUCAUAUAAUAGCUAGUAUGAAUUAAUGUGAAUUAAUAUCUUUACAAUGCAAAAUGUAAAACGUGUAGAAAAGGACCUUUUGCAGAACAUAUACUGUAAGAAUCAGUCACUAUAUGGACAGUGUCAAUUCUCAAAUAAGAGGUUAUUAAAAUUUAAUAUUUAAAAAUUAUUUCUAAUGAUUUUGUGUGUAGACAGCAUUCUUCUAGCAUAAACGCAUGACAAAAAAGCUAUUAAUGUAUCAAUAACCAUGUUUCCAUCCACAUAUUUUAUGCAUAUUUUGGGAAAAUGCAUAAAAACGCUGGAUGGAAAUGGCAAGAUGUGCAUAAAUUCUAAAAAUGUGCAUAAAAACACAUUUAAAUAAGUCCCUUGAUACACAAUAAAACACUCACGUGACUUUGCCUCAACAGUUGAUGUGAUUGGAUAACUGGACUAAUCAAUUUCAUUGCACAGCAUCUCAAUGUUAGUUAGAUUGUUCUGAAAUGCCUGAGCCAAAGUCUGUCAUCAGCAUGAUUUGGUUUAAUUUCCUCCUAGAAGUGACUCACAUGAUUGUGUUCACAAACACCAGCAUCAGAGUUAACGCAAGAUAAGAUGACAAUGUUAUUGUGUUUCGUCUGCGCGCCCUGAAACGCAAGUCAUUUAUGAUGUAGAAAAAAAGAGCCACAGAUCCUCAGGCCUACUUCCUUCUCUGGUUGCAGCAAUAUCCAUUUUUUUUAUGGAUAUUUUGCGCCAGUUUCCCAGGAAGUGCCAAUUUUGUUCUCUUGAAUACAUGGGAUGGAAAGGCUGCUUUAUUCGCAAAUUUUAUGUGAUAUUCAAAUUUUGUGCAUAAGGUAAAAUCGCAACUUUGGAUGGAAACAUAGCUAGUGAUGAUGAAGUUUUUGAAUUGAAUUUAAACAAUGUUUACAUUUACUCACUGACCUGAAGUCGAGAUUAUAUUUGUUCUUUCUAAAUAAGCAAAGGACACAAACAUGUCCCAAAAAUCCACUGUGCUGCUUAACAUUCAUACUGUUUGUGAUAAAUGUACUUUUUUAAACACAUCAUUGGAAGAUAUUGGAUAUUUAUUUUUUAAUUGGCCUUUUUCUAUGUCUUUUUGGAUUGACUUUAAAAUAGACAUGACAACAAAAAAAAUCAAAUAAAUAAAUAAAAAUAAAAAAACUUUCAAAAAGGAGAAAACUUUGUUUUCAAAACCCGUAUUUUUCUGAAAAACAAAAUCACAUGAUUAAUCUUUGCCAAAAUAUUUAAAAGUUUUAUAUUCAUAAGACAGAAAUAGCUCUAAAGAAACCCUCAUAUAUCACCCUUUGUAAAACUGACCUCACAACAUACUUUAAAACACUUUCAAACAUGAGAUCACAAAACAAAAAAACUUAUAAAAACAAUUACAAUUUUAAAGCUUUUCAAAUUCAUAUAUUAUGCCCUAAUAUCAUAUAGUACUUUUUAUCCCAGUAUUUUUUUUGUUUUUUGUUUAUUUGUUUAUUUUUAUUUUUUUACAUAUAUGUUAAUUUUAUGUUUUAUAUGCUGUUUCACAAAUCCUGAACUGUAUCACAAUGCCUUAUUUUAGUCUUGUACUUUUGAAUUGUACUUGUCUGUGAUUAAACUAAAUAAAAAAAAAGAA